AUUCUUAUCUGUACAACAAUGUAAAAUACAAAACCAGGAAGCUUUUCUUUCCUCGACUCUCAUGACGCUGACGUCACGGAGAAUGCGGACUACAAUUGCCUUGUUAGAAAUAAGUGACCUGAAAACAAACUGAGAGGCCACAGAGCCGCAGAAAAUGUUCCGUUUAUGCUGUUGCUGCUUCUCUGGCGAUAACUCCAACAACAAUGAGAGACGGCCUCUCCUGGAUUCCCGACGCUCUGAAGUCAAUAGUGCUGAAUCCGCCAGGCUGAGCCGUUCAUCAGCGGACAGCGAUGCACAGACUGUGAGACGGAUUGGACGGCUGGUGAUGAGGCGAGUGUGCGUGCCUGAGCUGGAUCAGAGGUUUUUGGAGAUGGCUGAGACCUUCAACAAGCAGCAGGAAGGCUACGAGGCCAUGGUGCAGCAUAUAAGAAACCUCCAGCAGAGCUGUGACUGUUCCCAUGAUGACACCCUUGCUUUUGUUCAGUGUUUGGGGAAGAUUAGAGAGGAGCAGGAACCAACAUACCAGGUCUCUCUUAAGAUGAAGGGCUACGACUUCUUCCUCAGUGCGGUUCCUGUGUGGUCUGAGGGCGCAGGUGAGGGGAAACCGCUUCCUCCACGUCUGCAGAGGGCUCAGAACGAACUGAAGGGUGCUUCUGACAGCACCAGGAUGACCAUUUCAAAGGGGACCACCCUUCAAGAGCUUAUCGGCUGGUUGCUCCGUAGCCAUGAUAAAAUGGCUGAGCAAGUGAAGAAGGCAGCAGAAACUUACCAAGAACAAGGGAGACUUAGUGAGAACCUGGAGGAGAACAUGAGGGAAGUGAGGAGGGCCAAAGAGUUGUCUCAAGGAUACAGACAACAGGCCACGGCAGUUCUCACUGAGGCUGCACAGAUAUCAGGGGCUCAACUGUAGUGCACAUAUCUUUCUAAAAGUUUUGUUUUAACCGACAACAAUGCGGAAGUACAGCAUUUCCAUGGGUUAUCUCCAUAAAUAUCCCCAACAAUCGUAUCAAGACUGUCAU